AUGUUAAGAUUUGAACAGUUACAGCAGUUUGACUUGGCGAAUUCGUGGAAGCUUGGGGGGCUGGUGGUUCUCAUUCAGGCAUUGAGUAUGUUGGGAUUGGGGAAGGGAAAUGCGAGCGUCAGGUUUUGCAGGAGUUUCCGGGAAAUCAGGGGUGGUGGAAGUUGUAUCCGAGUGAAGUGCUGGGGGUGGAAUGGAAGGGAUUUUUGUGGAAAGUUGAAAGAGGGUGUUGAGGCAGACUUGCAUGUUUUCAGCACUAUGGUAGCGGAUGUGGGAACUAGCCAACCAGGAAAACCUGGAGUCAGCCAGGUAACAGAAUUCUUCAGGAUUAAAGGUUUGCUAGGGAACUGCAUCACAAUUUUCUCAUUUAUUAGUUAUCUCCUUCUCAAAGCUUGUUUAGCGGAAGAUAUAACCCCUCAAGCUCAAUACAUAAACCCAUACCCCCAAAAACACCACUGUGCUGAAUGUAGAUUUGGGACACCAAGUUGUGAUACUGAUUCAUAUAUUCAACUAGUACAACCUAGAAUAACCUAUAAUACGCUCUCCUCGCCUCUUCUACGUUUGUCGGCGAAAUUGUCCAAUACCAUCUGGGAAGUCAUCUUCGGCGCAACAAUUUUCAUUAACCUUAUAUGCUCCAUAACUGCCUCCAAUGGUUAUCAGCACGCUUCAUCCCAUCAGAUUUCACUCACUCAUGCAAGAUCCCUCUCGCCAGCAGGAAAUUCUACCCUAGAGUCAUUCAUACCACGGCUAGAAUCUGCACCUUUAGUUUCGGAGCUAAGGGUACAAAUAGCCCACCUUCUGCGAUUUACCCAAUUGCCCAUAAUUCUGCUUAACGCAAUGCACCAGAUCUACAUCAAUAUCUACUACAUGUGUUCGAAUCCUCGGAGCAGCAGCACCUUGACCUCACAUUACAGCCGAAAUAAAUCCACACUCGUUCCCAGUUAUUUCGGGGUGGUUUGGGCAGAUCAUAGAGCGUGUCUAACAUUAGUCUUUUCGUGUAAAGGACGCUUUUUCUUCUCCCAGGUAAAUAAGACGGUUAAGAAUCCUACAGGAUUUAAUCAGCUGAAAAUGAAGGGUGUGAGGGGUGAGCUGAUGCAGGGCUUCCAACAGGGCGUUCUACGGUCCGUACAAAGUGAACCGCAACGGUCACGAGUUCAGUACAAACGUACCCAGUUCAAGCUGAGAGCCCUCUACAAUGCGUCUCCUGUCUCAUCCUGCGAUAGUACGCUUUCCAGUACGGCUCCUCCUCUCAUCCUCCCUGCCGCCUUCAAAUCGCCGAAUAGUGCAGUACUGCGUCUCGUUAGAAGUGGUCAGCUGAUGUGUCUUUUUGGGAGAAAUUUCCGAUACAUGGUCCCCAGCUUACGAUUCAAGGACCUGGCGAGGGUAGAUGGAAUUAUGAGGGAGGGAACACAGUGA